AAAGUUAAGUGGAAGAGUAGGAAAAUCAUAUCGUACGUAAAAAGUUAUUGAAAGCAUCGAGAUGGGUUUCACUGAAGCUUAAAUGUGAUUGACUGAAAGUCUUUAGAAAACAUAUGCAUUUUGCAAAGCGAGCAAAUAAAAGCAGCUCAACUCCAAAAACAACAAUAGAGCCAAAACCAACCAAAUAUAAAAUAAUAAUAAAUGAUCAAAGUUGCUCUACAAAUUAACAUAAUUGAGAUGAUCAAAUGACAACGUGAGAGAGAUACUUUACAUUGAAGCAGAAACUAAGCAGAAACUAAAAACUUAAUGAGCUGUCGAACAUGAAAUAUAGCGAGAACUAGCUAUAAAGUAGCUUAUGCGGCAACCCUGGCUACAGCCAUAACAACAGCAGCAGCAACUGUAACACAACAAUUGCAUAAGCAACCCAACUGAGAAAGUGAUAAAAUGAGAGACUGCGAGAGAGAGAGAGAGAUAUACAUCCCAAGUGACGCCUGAAGCGAUCUCAUUUACGCAAAUUGCAAUCUUUGCCAGCUUUUCGACCCUACACAACAAACAACAGACAACAGUAGGUGCAAAAAGUUGUUACCGUUGUAGAGAGCAGCAUUUAACAACAACAACAAGAACUACUACUACUAAUUUACUGCCGCCUUGAUUGCGUAUACGCAACGUUGUCCCAAGAUGAAGCUAAUGGAGUGGCUGCUUCAGCUGUGUCGACACAUUAUAGAUAUAUUCAAAAUCUAUCUUAAAUUCGGACUCAUCACACUUGCCUUGUAUUUUAUAGCCGAGUGGUAUAUAAUUCGCUAUGGAGCCGAACUGGAGGAGGAUCAGCGGGAUGCCCAAGUAUCUGCCAAUGACCUACCAGCCUCCAACAGUACACUGAGUCAAGUGCUUCGAAUUGUUAUGAACUUCUUCGUCGUUUAAGCACUCAACGGACUAAGCUGAUAUCGAUUUAUAUGCGUAAACUCGCAAGGUCAACUCGGUGUUGAGUUGUUCAAUAACUGAACAAAAACAAACUGAAACUCAAACUCAAACUCGAACUGAUUGCGGAAUUGCAAUUCACUUUGUCAGUUUCUCAGUUUGUGUUUUGUUCAGUUGUUAGCAAAAGCCUUCAAGGUUUUCAAGAGAAUGUAAAACAUACCCAGCAACAAAACAAAAAAAAACAUUCUUCUCUUGUAAUUACGUAUUACACGAGUAACAAAAACGAGUUGAACGACUUUAUGCUUUUAACAAUAACAAUAAAAAUAAUCUGCAUGUGU